GGGCGGCGAGCAGAAGCAGCAGAAAGCGGAGCAGCAGCCCCGCCAUGGACGACGAGGAGGAAGAAACGCCCCAGGGGAGUUCUUCGGCAAAAGAUAUGGACGAAGAGCAGCCUUUGUCUCCUUGCGAUCAGAAUCCUAAAGAAGCAGUACGGAAACGGCAAAAUUCUAGUCAAGGUUCCCGGGGCAGCGAUUCUUCCAGAACAUCCAGAAAAAGCUUCAGACUGGAUUAUAGGUUGGAGGAAGAUGUAACAAAAUCAAAGAGAGGUAAAGAUGGGAGGUUUAUCAACCCCUGGCCAACAUGGAAACCUCCAUCUUUCCCAAAUAUUAUGAAAUGGGCUCUUACGGAAAAGGACAACAGCAAAGUCCCAUCUUCAAAGCAGGAACUUGACAGAGAGCUUCCAGUACUGAAACCUUACUUUGUUCAAAACCCCGAACUAGCUGGAAAAACCGGAGCUGGUAUGCGAGUAACAUGGCUUGGACAUGCUUCUGUAAUGGUGGAAAUGGAUGAACUUACACUUCUUACUGACCCCAUCUUCAGCCAGCGGGCCUCUCCAGUGCAAUUUGGAGGACCUAAGCGUUUCAGAGGGCCUCCGUGUACUGUAGAUCAACUCCCCAAAAUAGAUGCAGUGAUGAUCAGCCACACACAUUACGACCACUUGGACUACCACUCCGUAAUAAAUUUAAAUAGUCGCUUUGGCAGUGACCUGAGAUGGUUUGUGCCCCUGGGUCUUUUAGACUGGAUGCAGAAAUGUGGUUGUGAGAAUGUAAUUGAGCUGGACUGGUGGGGAGAAAACUGUGUUCCUGGUCAUGACGCAGUUACGUUUGUUUUUACUCCUGCCCAACACUGGUCCAAGAGGACUGCAACAGAUGACAACAAAGUUCUCUGGGGAAGCUGGUCUGUCUUGGGGCCCUGGAAUAGGUUCUUUUUUGCAGGAGAUACUGGCUAUUGUGUUGCAUUUGAGGAGAUAGGGAAGCGAUUUGGACCUUUCGAUCUUGCAGCUAUUCCCAUUGGAGCAUAUGAACCAAGGUGGUUUAUGAAAUACCAGCAUGUGGACCCAGAAGAAGCAGUAAGGAUUCAUAUUGAUGUACAAGCAAAGAAGUCUGUUGGAAUUCACUGGGGGACCUUUGCUUUAGCAAAUGAGUAUUACUUGGAUCCUCCUGCUAAACUGAUGGAAGCUCUAGACAGAUACGGAUUGAAAACUGAAGAUUUCUUUGUCUUAAAGCAUGGCGAAUCACGAGACUUAAAUAUUAAUGAGGAUGGAUUUGAAUAAAAAUGGGGGGAAAUCGAUUUCUUAUUAAUUGUAUCUGGGGGUGGGGGAAGCAAUUAAGGUUGAUACCUUUUUGUAAAAUUUUGAACAGGAUUUCUAAGAUUUCAGGAGUUUGCAUACCAGCCUUAUAAAACUGCAAGUUUUUAAUAAAUGAAUGAAAUAGCACUUGAUAGCAUAACUUAGCUGCACAUGCCGUGUACAUAAGGAGUUGAUUACAUUGCCUGUGAAGUAAUUUCACCUCUUUAAAACCAGUGCAGGUCACCUGCUAGAGAUUAACUAGGCCACAAUCCAUAAGACCCAAGAGGACCUGUGAAC